GUGCUUUUUGUAUGUGGAGCAAGUCCAGCAAGUAUCAUAGAAGCAUAACUGGUAGUUUAAAGCUAAGAGAAAAUUGAUUGAUAUGCGAUACCCUUUUUUAGGUACUUUGAGCUGAAGCCGAAGUGCAAAACAUACCUAACCUAGAAGUACUACCUAUGUAACGGUGGUUCUUAUAUUUGAGUAGGAAACACAAAUACUACAUUCGCUUCCAGUUCUAUUAGGGGGUGUUCAUUGAAACGGUUCCCUCCCCAUCACAUCUUGGAAGGUGACUUCAAAUAUUUUUCAUUUGAAAUUCAGUUGAAGUUAAGUUAAGUUAGGUUCAAAAUUUCACAAAAUCAUUUUAAUGUUUUUUUAAUGUUUGUACUUCCCCACCGUUCACCAUCCCUAAGAUUUUAGCAAAAGAACCCUAUAUAAACAAUGUCGGACGACGAAGCAGAUCCAGAACUCCUCGCUCUUCUCAGGCAGCAUUUCCAAGGGAAGCUAAACCUAGAUGAGGAACCAGAGACAGGUGUCUUAGAGGGAGCCGAAUAUGUCUGCGACAACUCCAUCGACGUAGCUUUAAACAUGAGAGCGUCCAAAAAUGCUGCAGCUCUGAUUUACGAACAGAUGCAGCAGAAGGAGUUCUCGACUGCGAGUUGGGCCGAACAUGAGCUGCAUCCCAAAACAAAAGAUGAAUCUACCGUUGCCUUCAUUUUUACUAUGGAUCUUCUCAAUUUCUCAUUCUGGUCCCUUCGUCCUGAGGAGGAGCGUUUUGCAAUCUCAUACCGAGACAAGAAUUGGACCGGGUAUUGGAGUCUAGUAGCCUCGUUACAGAGAGCACUAGAAGAAGAUAUCCCCAUAACCGAUCCGCAUUACUGGCAAAACGAAGAGGAGUGCAAUCUUGAGUCUCUCAGAUAUGUCUUCAGGUCGUGUACCGACGAAGAGAUCCCACUGUUGGAAGCACGGCUUGCUUGCCUGAGGGAAGCAGGAAAAGUUCUAUACGAAAAAUACAGCUGCAGCUUCACGAAAUGCAUAGAAGCUGCCAACAAAUCAGCCGCCGGGCUGGUGAAUCUACUUGCGAGGGACUUCGACUGUUUCAGAGACGAAUCUCGGUUUGAAGCACGGCGGAAACCCAUUCGCUUCCUCAAGCGCGCCCAGAUCCUGGUGGCGGAUAUUUGGGCUUGCUUCAACGGUGAAGGCUAUGGGGAAUUCAGAGACAUCGACAAGAUCACUAUGUUUGCCGACUAUCGCGUCCCGCAGAUACUGGCUACGUUGGGUUGUAUAGGAUACAGCCCGCCUCUUCACGCAAUGAUAGCUAGGGGAGACAUUAUCGAGCACGGGAGUAAUUACGAAAUUCAACUUAGGGCAUGCAGCAUCUGGUGUGUGGAACUUCUCCGGCGCGAGAUUAAGCGCCAACACCCUGAUGCGAAAAUCAAUGCUAUCCUGAUAGAUUUCUUCCUGUACGAUACCAUGAAAAUGCUGGAAGCCCAAGGGAAAGAGACUAUCCCACAUCACCGAACGAGAAGUAUUUGGUAUUAGGAUUUUUCUUCUUUUUUGGAUAAAAGGGAUUGCGAUUAUAAUAAUCUGUGAAUAGGCAGCUAUAAUCGGGUAGUUGUCCGUUGGCUACCAGCUAAAAGAUGAUUGAUACCACGCAGUAUAUCAAGCCUAUGUUCUGAUGAUUAUUGGCAACUCAGGUAGCCAAGCAAAUGUUAGAAGUCCCCAACGCCAUCGCAUAAAACCACCGUAACCAUCACAAACAUAAAAGUCACACCGCCCG